UAAAACUGGAGGUGGCGGUCACAGCCCGUGCUCUAGCCUCGUUCUCCUUGGGCCGGCCCUUCCAUUCGUGAGUCCGGCAGCCAGAGACAAGAUGAGGGUGCUGUGUGUACUAUCCGUGCUCGUGGCAGCGUCACACGCCGGUGAUCUCAUCAGGAACAAUGUCAACCUGCAGACAGGGGGAGGAGCUAUUGGGGGCAGAGGUGGCUUGGUGGGCUUGCCAGGCAAAGGCAUCGUAGGUCUGAACACUGGAGGUCUGAAUACUGGAGGUUACAGCACUGGAGGUCUGAACCCAGGAGGUUUCACCGGAGGUCUCACCGGAGGUCUCACCGGAGGUCUCACCGGAGGUCAAGGGGUGAGAGGUUACAGCACUGGGGGUGCCAACACUGGAGGGCUCGGGAAUAACUUCGUGGACAAUGUCUUCGGAGGAUCUGGAGGGUCCAAAUUUGGAGGAAGCGGAUCGUUUGGCGGGUUUUCUGCCGACAACGUGUUCCGUGGGAACCGCCAACCCGCGCUGGGUGGUGACAUCUUUGGCUCGUCUGGACGUGGAACUGGAGGUGGAGGUUUUGGCGGGAACUUCGGUGGUACCGGCGGGGCUCAGCAGAGAGGCCGUGUGCAGACAAACGUCCUGGACCAGCGCGCCGAGCGGUCUGACAGACGUGACGAGCAGGUGUUCAGGGAUGCCAACUCACAGGACCAGGGCGCCGCGCGAAAAGACGAGCAGGAGAGGCAGGGAAACUUCAAGGAGGCGGAGCUAGACAGGCAGCGACAGCAGCAGGAGCAGAGAGCACGCGAGCAGGUGACAGGCCGAGACAACAACAACGUUCAGAUCUACCAGGAGAAACAGCGCGACCACCGACGGUCCAACUCCGACAGUUCUGCAAUCAGGAACGCCGACGACCGCUCACGCAAAGCCCAGAGUCAGAAACACCUGCAGAACGCCCUCCAGCGACAGGGCCUGAAGAACCAGUACGGGGCAGCCGACAGACAUUUGGACGCCGCUGGAAAGAAGGCGGAGGACUUCAAAACUUUCUUUGACAAGAGAGACGACAGGAUUUGGAACGUGGACAGAGCGAAGGAUGGGGCGUACAGAGGCGCCGAAGAUCUUGCCGCUAAGAAUGGUUUGUAUAACAAAGACGCCAUCGCUAGAGCUGUAGGCGGUAAAGGGGUGCAAGACAACAAGUUUUACGGAGGUCGUGAGAUCGGCGGGAUUGGUGGAGGUGUGGGAUUCAACCAGGCUGGUGUCGCUGACGUCGGUCCUGCGGGUGCCAUUGUUUCCGGUGACCCCAAAUACGACGCUAGGAUUGGACUCCAGGGAGCUGCUCCCGGUACUGUUGCCGCUUUCGGCCGGCCUGGAGGUAUUGCUACUAAAGGAAGGCUUGAGAAGAGCGGAGGAGACGUGGUGAACGCUUACAAGGAGAACGCGAUACAGGGCGAUCUAUCCAACCAGCUGUCCAACAACGCUGCGGAGAGUCGCGCGGACGCCGCCAACAAGUACCUGAGGGAUAAGGGUCUUGAGGACGCCGUGCAGCAAGAUCAGGCUAACCAAGGAAGAUGGGCCAACCAGAGAGAGGGCUUCAGGGACGGUAGACAGCAGGGUUACCAAGGCGACAACGCCGAGGCUGCUCGCGCUAGCGAAGCUUUGAACAACGCCUUCAAGGACUCUUCUUCUGCUUCCAAUCUGGACUCUGUAAACAAAAAUCUUGAUCAGGCAAAACUUGACAGAAUUAACUUGAAGAGAAACCAGGUAGAGUCGAACCAGAACAUCAGGAGCAAAAAGCAGUUUUACCAUGACAAGAACCAGGGAGGCUUCAACAACGAGGGUCUGAACUACAACAGGAAGAGAGGCAACAACGACUUCGGCGCCCAGGAGACAGCCCAGAAGGAAGCCAAGACCCGAGCCAGCAACCUACACUCUAACAAGAAGAACAGUCUAGAGAAGAGACGGUACGAGGACUUUGACGGUCGCCGGGUGUCCAACGGUGACGCGGUGUUCAAGAAACACAGCGCCGAGAACGGAAACGCUCGCAAGUACGCCAGAGCUAGAGAUGAUGCACAGAACGCAGCACAAGGCUUCAACAAGAACAAGGUCAGACAGGAAUUUGACCGAUUCAACCAGAAGAACAACCAGCAGAACCAGAAGUUGUGGGACAAAGCCAACAAAGACUUCUUCUCCAGAAGCCUGGGCAACAACGUGGGCCGGAGAAUAGACGCCAAUUUCGACUACGAGAGCGGUUUCGGAGGCGGGCCUGGCCCGAGGUUCAGCACAGGAGGGUCGUCAGCCAACGGCCUCGGUUCUCGUAGCUUUGGAUCAACGCCUCUAGGCCUGAGCGGUGGAAUCUACACCAACUCUAACUCUGGGAUCCCGGGAAGUUUUGGCGGGGGAAGUAAAGGUCUAGGUAACCGCGGGGGUAUCAUCGCUCCUAAAGCAUUGGCAGCUGGACAGACGCAGUUUGGUGGCCAGUAUUGGUAAACGUUCUAGAAGAGUUAAUUAACAUUAAAUCAACAAAUCAACCCUCCCGCUAUACUAGUUCUACACAAAAACAACAAAUAGACUUUCAUGGGAGUAUUCCAUUCGCUUUGCCAGACUCAAAGACUGUUACUCAUAACAGCACAGUUCUAUAAUUAGAACCAGUCUAAAUUUGUACAACUUGUUAUUGCUUCAUAUGAAUACGUACAACUACUACUACUACUACUGCUAUUACUUUUAUUAUUGUUGUUAUUAUUUCAUCAACAUUCAAGACUGACUUCUUUUAAGCUUUGCUUUCUCUUUCACUGUGGUUAUCCCGUCAAAAACGCAGGCCGGGUACAGUACAUUGCACUGACGGCAAAACUUGGACCUCUGCUCUGAACUCUGUACAUUAUUGAUUUGCUGUAAUAUCAAUAAACAAAACAAAACAAAAUAA